GGGCUCCUCCGUGCCAGUUUGAGGAGUCCGGAGCCGAACAAAAGCAGGCGGCGAGGGCCGGAGCGGUGCGCGCAGGCCCGGCGCAGGGGGGGCCCAGCCAGCCCCGAGCGCGGCCCCAGGGUGGGGGAAAGUUUGGAGCCCUCCCCCGGUUGCGCGGGGGCUCCGCCGCGCUCCGGCCGCGGCAGCUCCGGCGCUGCCAUCGCGGGCGGCCGCCCCGCCGCGGCCACCGCUGCUGCUGCCGCCGCCGCCGCCGCCGCCUCCUCCUCCUCCCCGGGCGCAGCCCCUGCCCCUGGCCCGCCCGCUGCCUCCCCGGCGCGGGGCUGAGCUGCCCUGCUUUUGGAGUCGCCGCCGUUUUCCCCUCCCUUCCCCGGAACCCCCCCCUUCUCUCUCCCUCCCUCCUCCUUCCCUCCCUCCCUCCUCCCUCCUCCUCCUCCUCCUCCUCCUCCAGCAGCCAAAGGGAUUUUUUCCCCUUUCUUUUUUCUCCCUCUUUUUUUUUUUUUUUCUCUCCCCCCUCCUUCAUUUUUUUUCUCCUCCUCCUCUUCCUCCCCGCCGCGGAGCCGGGCGCCAGCGUGAAGGAUAAAUAAAAAGCGAAGAGGAAGAGGCUGGGGAGGAGGAGGAGGAGGAGGAGGAAGGGGGGGGAGGAAAGAAGAAGAAGAAAGCGAGCAAGAAAAGAAAGCGAGGAGCCAGGCGGCCAGCCCAGCCGCGCCGCUCCCGGCAGCCAGGGCAGGAGGCGGCGGCGGAGCGGGGCCGGCGGCCGGCGAUGGAUGACCAGCCGCGGCUGAUGCACACGCACAGCGGGGUGGGGAUGCCGGGGCACCCGGGCCUGUCCCAGCACAUGCAGGAUGGACCAGGCGGGGCGGAGGGGGAGGCAGGCAGGAAGCAGGACAUCGGAGACAUCUUACAGCAGAUCAUGACCAUCACGGACCAGAGUUUGGACGAGGCGCAGGCCAGGAAACAUGCUUUAAACUGCCACAGGAUGAAGCCAGCGCUUUUUAAUGUCUUGUGUGAAAUCAAAGAAAAAACAGUGCUGAGCAUCCGGGGAGCGCAGGAAGAGGAGCCCACGGACCCCCAGCUGAUGAGGUUAGACAACAUGCUCCUGGCCGAGGGGGUGGCAGGCCCCGAAAAAGGAGGCGGCUCAGCCGCCGCUGCCGCCGCCGCCGCCGCGUCAGGAGGAGCCGGCUCUGACAACUCGGUGGAGCACUCUGACUACAGAGCCAAACUCUCCCAGAUCCGACAGAUCUACCACACGGAGCUGGAGAAGUACGAGCAGGCAUGCAACGAAUUCACCACCCACGUGAUGAACCUGCUGCGUGAGCAGAGCCGGACCCGACCCAUCUCACCGAAGGAGAUCGAGCGGAUGGUGAGCAUCAUCCACCGCAAGUUCAGCUCCAUCCAGAUGCAGCUGAAGCAGAGCACGUGUGAAGCCGUCAUGAUCCUGCGCUCCCGAUUUCUGGACGCACGGCGGAAGAGACGGAACUUCAACAAGCAGGCUACGGAAAUCCUGAAUGAGUAUUUCUAUUCCCAUCUCAGCAACCCUUACCCCAGUGAGGAAGCCAAAGAAGAGCUAGCCAAGAAAUGUGGCAUCACAGUCUCACAGGUAUCAAACUGGUUUGGAAAUAAGAGAAUCCGGUACAAGAAGAACAUAGGUAAAUUUCAAGAGGAAGCCAAUAUUUAUGCUGCCAAAACGGCUGUCACAGCUACCAAUGUGUCAGCCCAUGGAAGCCAGGCUAACUCACCCUCAACUCCCAAUUCAGCUGGUUCUUCCAGUUCUUUUAACAUGUCAAACUCUGGAGAUUUGUUCAUGAGCGUGCAGUCUCUCAAUGGGGAUUCUUACCAAGGGGCCCAGGUUGGAGCCAACGUGCAGUCACAGGUGGAUACCCUUCGCCAUGUUAUCAGCCAGACAGGAGGAUACAGUGACGGACUCGCGGCAAGUCAGAUGUAUAGUCCGCAGGGCAUCAGUGCUAAUGGAGGUUGGCAAGACGCUACUACCCCAUCGUCGGUGACCUCCCCCACAGAAGGCCCUGGCAGCGUUCACUCUGAUACCUCCAACUGAUCUCCCAGCAAAUUGCAUCCCUGGCUGAGCCGGCCCCGGCGGGGGCGGGAGGGGAGGGGGCCUCUCCUAACACCGCAGCAGUCAGACUGGAGGUGAACCCAAUCAGCACACACAAGAAGACUCCUUCUCUUCUC